GUUCAAGCCUGGAAGAAGCCUUGGAAAAUUGUCAAGUCCGCAAGAAGCCCUUCGCAAGCAGCUCUCUAGCGGCACUCUGGUGCACUCUCAAGCUUUGCAAAGCUCUCGACUGGACUGGCGAAGGCGUUGCUAGACUGCAACCCUGACUCCCCUUCUGGAGUGGACACUUCGUCCCCAAGGGGUCCCCCCCUUGUAGGGGUGCCGCAAGGCGCCGUGGCCUGAGAGGUGGAGUGGCUCGUCCUUGUUGUUGCUAGGGGCCUACUUUGGCUGAUUGGAGGUUCAAGGAUAGUCCCUCAGAAGACCCAUUCUUCCACAUAGGGGCAGAAAGCUCAGUCUCAGUACGUGCAGGUCAUUGAGUGUCUGUGCCAAUAGCCUGUUAUCUUCUUUGAUUGAGAGCUUGCUGUACUAGGACAUUUUGUGUCCUUAGCUGGUAAAGAACCUUGGGGCCUUUUUGGCUUUGGUUUGUAUUUCAAAGGGAAACAUGGUGAACGACGUUGAGAUUGCGAGGCGUGUCCAGGAGAAGCUGAAGACAGCAGACCUGCAGACAACGACCGAGCGGCAAUUGCGCAAGCAGUUAGAAGAGGAGCUGGGAGUAGAUCUUACUGAGAAGAAGACAAUAAUAAGGGCUGAGAUACAGAAGUAUCUGGAUGCACAGCAGAAGGAGGAGGAUGAUGACGAUGACGAUGAGGAGGAGGAGGAGUCUGCUGCAGUCGACGAGGAGGAGAAACCUAAGCGAGGUGGCGGAGGCGGCUUUGCAACACCCUGCAAUCUUUCCCCUCAGCUUGCAAAUCUUCUUGGCGCCCCCAGGCUAACUAGGAAUGAGAUUGUGAAGAAGCUGUGGGAGUACAUCAAGGGGCACAACCUGCAGGACGCUGAGAAUAAGCGGAACAUCCACUGCGAUGCGGCGCUCCAGGAGCUGUUUGGAGUGACCGAAACAAACAUGUUUGAGGUCAACAAGCUGCUGGCCAAGCACAUCUUCUCCAUCCACGUUCCCAAGGACCCCAAUGCUCCCAAGCCCAAGCCAAGACCAAGAAAGCCGAAAGCGAAAGAUGAUGAACCCAAAGGGAAGAAAGGAAAGAAGGGCAAGGAGGAGGAGGACGACGGCAAGAAGAAGAAGAAGAAGCGCGCCAAGCGGCAAAAGAAGGAGCCCCAGGAGGGCGACAAGCCCCCCGGCCCGCCCAAGGGCCUGCUACGCCCGCUGCCCAUCUCCGAUGAGCUGUCCGAGUUCUUUGGCAUGGGGGAGAAGCUGCUGCCGAGGACCGAGGUCGUCAAGCGGCUGUGGGCCUACAUCAAGGAGCACAAUCUCCAGGAUCCAGCAGAUAAGCGGGUGAUUAUAGCGGACGCCAAGCUGGCAAGGCUGAUGGGUCAGGAGAGGUUCAAUGGCUUCGGGAUGACUAAGGUCCUACAACCGCACUUCGGCGCUCCGCUGCCAGACCCGCCUGUGGAGGCCACAGCAGCCGUAGGCCUCUGAUCAAAUCUUAGAGCUCAAAAAUCGUCGUACUUCCACAUAAUCAGUCUUUAGAUUUGGCGGUAGUCUUUUGAUUGUGAAUCACAUGCAAGAGCUUGUACACAUAAAGGGCCUCUGGCUUAACAUUCUGAUGGCCGGAGUUUUGGACGCAACCUGGAUUUAUCUUCCAAUGCUCAAUCUGCUAUGACAUAGUCCAAUCUCCGCUGUCAUUGGGUACCAAAACGCUCUUUGAUUUUGUUGUUUCUCCUUUGCUGAGCUGCAAAUGGCAUAGCUGUGUCAAACCAUCAAGAACGCUUCAAAAGGAAUAGUCGGCAGAGAAUCGGUUGGCAAGGGUUCCCGAGGGCGCGCGGCGGGAUCGCUUCUCGCCAAGAAUCGACAUGCAGCCGUACGCGUGCUCCUAUCGACGAUUUGGACCGGGCACGUGAAUCGAGCCAAUCACAAUGGCGCACCCCUUUGACAUCCAUGGACCAAAUCCAGUCAGGCUGACGGUUAACUUGAGGCUUCCCUUCUGGCUAGCUAGCCCCUGCACAAUUAAGAAGGCUGAAAUGGAAGGCUGAGACAUCUAAACAAUACCGUGCCGGGAAGGGCUUCGGUAACUGUAUAUAGGAACCGGCCACCGGCGGCUGUCGUGGAUCACUAUGCAGGCCUCCCGGGGCUGCCCCUUCUUACUCCCGGGCACGACCGGGUGGAGGUC